UGCAAGUAUUCACACACAUCGCGGAUUCGAACAGAGUCGACGAGAUGAUUUGGAAUCUGUGGUUUACAGUUUAAUCUACUUUUUACGUGGUAGUUUACCAUGGCAAGGCUUGAAAGCGAAAACAAAACGUCAAAAAUAUGAGAAAAUUGCCGAGUUGAAACAAUCGAUUGAUGUUGAUGAGUUGUGCUAUGGUUUUUCUCAACAAGUGGUAACAUUAACAGCUUAUGUACGAUCACUGAGUUAUGACGAACGCCCCGAUUAUGAUUAUUGUAAACGAUUAAUGAGAUGCAUCGCGGUGCAGAACGGACAACAAUAUGAUUACAAGUUUGACUGGUUUGCAAAGGGAGAACAAGUUAAAAGUGAUAAGUUCAAAAAGUUAGCGAUUUGA